CUUUAAUUUAUUCCAUGGAAAUCCACGAGGAGUAAGCUCCCUUAUGUCUCCAUCUUUCAUAAAAAUAUCCGCCAACAGAUGUCACUUUAAGCGUGUUAAUUUUCAAGAUGGCAGCGACCAGGCGGCUUCAAAAGGAACUUACUGACUUGCGUAUGUCAGAUUUUAGGUGCUUUCAAGAAAUUAAAGUAGAUGACUCCAAUAUAUUAAAUUGGCAAGGCUUAAUUGUUCCAGAUCGACCACCCUAUAAUAAAGGAGCAUUUAGAAUAGAGAUCAAUUUUCCUGCAGAGUAUCCUUUUAAACCUCCAAAGGUGACUUUCAGAACUAAGAUUUAUCAUCCUAAUAUUGAUGAAAAAGGACAAGUAUGUUUACCAAUUAUUAGUACAGAAAAUUGGAAGCCUGCCACAAAAACAGACCAGGUCCUUCAGUCUCUUGUUGCACUUGUCAAUGACCCCGAGCCAGAACAUCCUCUAAGAGGAGAUUUAGCUGAAGAAUAUACAAAGGAUAGAAAGAAAUUUAUGAAAAAUGCUGAAGAUUUCACCAAAAAGUACAGUGAAAAACGACCAAGUGAUUAAAAACCCACGAAAAGAACAAUUUGUUAAUUAAAAUGAUUGAAAAUAAGCCUGCCUGCCUGUAAUAUAUCUUGAUGAGAAUUUUGCACCAAGUCAUUAUUGGCUAAAUAAAAAGUUUGUCAAAGGAGAAAUUUGACCAGUCUAAAUAAUUGUUUUAUUUUAUUUCCUCACUAUUUUUCAGAAUCUUCGUACACGUGUAGAUAAUAUAUAGAUUAAAAACCAAAAUAGUUUUUGUCUUGAUGGGGCAACAUAAAACAAUAAAUUAUUAUUUAUUAGACAUAUCUUUUUGCAUUCUGAAGUGAAUUUAAUCGAUUCUAGAAAACAUUUUAUUUGGUGAUCAUAUUUAUCUGUUUUUAUGCAUACAUGUAUGUGUGUAAUUGAGAACUUCAAUAAUAAAAUAGGAACCCAUUAAUAUUUAAUGUCUUAUGACUAACAUAUUCUUGUAAACCACUCAAAAUAUUAAAUCGAAGACCUUCUACUAUAUUCCUAAUUCUAUGCAGGGAAUUGUGAAAAUUAUUAUUUAAUGUACUGUUUAUACAUGUACCUGGAGACAUUUUGGAUGAAAACGAGUUGUCCAAUUUCUCUUUUUGAUCUAAGAAUUCAAUUUUAUAUUUAUAGGUCCAUGUACAUACUAAGUACUGGUACCAUUCAUUAAUGUUUGGUUUUAAAAAAUUUUAUUUACAUGUAUAUCAAAUACAUGUUUGAUUUUACUUUAAAUUACAUGCUGAUUUUCACUCAAAACAUACAUUCUAGACCAAUUUGUUUUGUUUUCUUUUCAUUUUAUAACCCAUCCGAGUACUUAGUCAUUCUGAAAUGACCAGAAAGUGAAAAGCAUAUUUAUUAUUGGAUUUAAUACCAAUUUAAUCAAAUCAGAUCUUUUCAUACAUUUUAUUCUUUUAUCGCUUUACGUCUCUCACUAAUACAUGAAGAUUUCUGAUCAGCUACUAAGACUCAAGGCAUUGCAAAUGGUUAAAAUGAAUGGCUAGCUUGAAGGUCCAGGCAAAUCAAUAAAAUUUAAACAAUGAUGUAGUGUAAAAGAUAGCAAAAUAAAGGAAUGAAAAUACAUCCUAAUAUUGAUGUUGAUACGGUCAAUAUUUAUAAAUCUCUACAUACUACAAAUUACAGGGGAAAAAAGACACUUCUACAUAUACUGAUUAUUCAAUGUGACAAAGUUUUAAGUAGAUUCAAGUUUCUGUGUGAGUGGAUUAAUUAAUAUAUAAAUAUUCUUUAACUUUAUAAUAAUAAACUAAACCUUUCUUAAUAAAUAUUGUGUUAAGUGUAAACUGUGUACAUUUUAAAAUAUAGUCUACAAUUGUAGAGACAAAACUAAUUGGAGAUUAUUCCAAGAGGUGUACAGUUAAUAUAUUAUAUUUAGUUAACAGCUGGGUUAGUUACUGUGUCAGUUGUUGAAUAGUAUGUUUGAAAAAUGCCAUUUUGAAGACAUUCAAAUGAUCGUGCUAUCCUAAUCAACUUAAAGUCCCUUUUGUUUCCAGAUAUAGAUUUUAUUUAUAAAAUGGAUGGCAGAUUUUUGUAAAUCUAAUUUGUCAGAUUAUAAUAAAUAUCAAAAAUUUGAAAUCUUAAGAUUCAGUGGGAGUUAUGUUGAAUGAUACAUAACAUCAGUCUUUGUGAAACCACUGAACAAGACUAAAGUAUCAAAAUCUAUUUGUUAAUUUGCAUACUCUUAAAUUUCUUGACUUUCUUUUUAUUAAGGAAUAUCUGGAAAUAAAAGGAAUAUAUUGUGUAUAAUUUGAACAAAAAUAUUUAUGUCAAUUGUCGUCAUUUUUAGUGUUGUAUUUGCCCAUAAUUUAUAAAAUUUGGGUGUUCAGCAUCAUCUAAAAUUAAAUGAACAUGCUCAUUAUACAAAUAUGUCUUAGACCUUGUCACUGGUGUUUAAGUAAGACAGCGCAUUCAUCUUGGAACAGUAAAGUUGUUUCUGCAAUAAAUAUUUAUCUUUAA